UUGCUAUGGUCGAUCAGUUUCAAUUUUGUGUUCGCCAUCAUCGUUUGAUUGUUCGUUUUCUCGAAUCGAAUAAAGUAAAUUCCAGAAAAGAUGCUCCUUGUUCGAAGCUUAGUCUUGUUGAUUGCCGUGAGUCUUGCUCUUGGCGAAGUUGUCAACUUCAAGCCAUGCAAAGGUUCCACCAGCAACUGUGUGAUUCAUGAGGUUCGUAUUGACCCAUGUGCAGAAGCGGCUGAAAACAAGGCUUGCAGAAUCAAGCGACGCAAGCCAGCCAGUAUUUCGUUUGACUUCACUCCUGGAUUCGACAGUGAAACUUCAACUUCAUCUGUUUAUUGGGCUAGAGAAGACGCUGACGUGGAAUUGGAAGACAUUGAUCACAAUAGCUGCAACUACUCAGCUUGUCCUCUUAAGCGCGACCAAAAGAACACUCUUAACUUUGAAUUGCCUAUUCGCUCGAAAUUCCCAUUGAACGACUACGAGAUUAAGUGGAGGUUGAAGGGAGCCGCGCCUGGAGAUGAGUGCUGCUUGACCACUUCCAUCAAGAUUGUUCGUUAAGAUAUUGAAAAUUAUUUUUUUUUUUUCAAAAAUUAUUUGUUCUUUAAUAUUGCAAAGCUUGUGAUAAGCUAAUUUUUUAAUUUUGUGAUAGGCUGUCAAUGAUUUGUUUUGAUGGAAAAAAAUAAAGUUACCUUAGAAGUUGCCGAAUA